CCAGAUGUCUUGUUGCAUGUAACACCUCAAACCAACCUGAGUGUGAUUUCUCUUUAGUUCUGACCUCACUGCUGAGCUGCACAACAAACCAAGCCUCUCUGACUGUGAGUCCCAGCAGCUCUCAGUUUUUCAUGUGGAAGUCUGUCUCUCUGAGCUGUGAGGAGGACGACAGCUCUGCUGGAUGGACGCUGAGGAGGAACACGACCAGAGAAACCAGGACUCACUGUGAAGCUGACUGGGGAAGAUCAGCUGGUUCUUCCUGUAACAUCAGCUACGUUACUACAUUGGACAGUGGAGUUUACUGGUGUGAGUCCAGAGAGGGAGCAACCAGUAACACCAUCAACAUCACUGUCACUGGUGGACCAGUGAUCCUGCAGAGUCCUGUCCUCCCUGUGAUGGAGGGACAUGAUGUCACUCUGCACUGUAAAACAAAGACCCCUCCCUCCAACCUCCCAGCUGGUUUCUAUAAAGAUGGCUCCCUCAUCAGGACUGAGCCUACAGGUCACAUGACCAUCCACCAUGUUAACAAGUCUGAUGAAGGCCUCUACAAGUGUAACAUCAGCGGUCAUGGAGAGUCUCCAUCC